GUGGAGACGCGCUGGACCCCGGGGGAGCACAUCUAUCAACCCCCGGUGGAGGGGCGGCCGACAAGUCCCCGAGCGAGCGGAGGGUGUCAGCAGCAGAGGCAGAAUAAACAAAGUUCCCGGGGCUCCUCCGAGGCUGCUGUCCCCAUUCCCCGUUUGGCUGCCCCACUCCUCGAGAAGGCAAUGGCUUCCAAACUCCUGCGCGCGGUCAUCCUCGGGCCGCCUGGCUCGGGCAAGGGCACCGUGUGCCAGAGGAUCGCCCAGAACUUUGGCCUCCAGCAUCUCUCCAGCGGCCACUUCUUGCGGGAGAACAUCAAGGCCGACACGGAAGUUGGAGAUAUGGCAAAGCAGUACAUAGAGAAAGGUCUUUUGGUUCCAGAUCACGUGAUCACACGCCUGAUGAUGUCGGAGCUGGAGAACAGGCGGGAUCAGCACUGGCUACUAGAUGGUUUCCCCAGGACACUAGUCCAGGCUGAGGCCCUGGACAGAAUCUGUGACCUGGAUCUAGUGAUCACUUUGAACAUUCCCUUUGAAACACUCAAAGAUCGUCUCAGCCGGCGCUGGAUUCACCCUGCGAGCGGAAGGGUGUAUAACCUGGACUUCAAUCCGCCUCAAGUUCAUGGGGUUGAUGACGUCACUGGUGAACCGUUGGCCCAGCAGGAGGACGAUAAACCAGAAGCAGUUGCUGCCAGGCUAAGACAGUACAAGGAUGUGGCGAAGCCAGUCAUUGAACUGUACAAGAGCCGAGGAGUGCUCCACCAGUUUUCUGGAACGGAGACUAACAAGAUCUGGCCCUAUGUUUACACGCUGUUCUCGAACAAGAUCACACCUAUUCAGUCCAAAGAAGCAUACUGAGCCGGCCGGGAAGAACCAGGAAGACGUGGUCGCUCUUUCCAUUGUCUGUGUAGUAUUGGUGCCGUGUCCCAAGUAGGAGCUAGCUGAGAUAGCUUGCCGUGUCUUUUCUAGUUUAAGUGGGGGACUGACUGAAAACUGAUGCGUGAACGGAGUUCAUGAAGAGGCUCCUGUCUGCCUUUGGAGAGAAGGGUCACCUCCAAGGACUGAAGAUGUCUCUGCACCGUUGUCCAGCCCUUCACCAGAAAGCGAGUACAGACUGGAUCUCCAACGAUGUAAACCCAAGCUCUAGCUGAUUUCUGACAAUGAUGUUGCCAUAGUGGUAUCUCUCACCCGUAAUGGUGGAGGUCUCUGGUUCUCCCACCCCCUAAAGGCCAUUGAACCAUAGCACCUGUAGGCCUGACAGGGCCAAGGGCUGUAGCCCGAGCUUUGUUUCACGGCCUCUGGUGUGUGCCCCCUGGAGACAGUGAGGUUGAAGCCAUUGGCUCUCAGUGGUUGCUUCUCUGACUUCCGGUGACUGAAUCCACAAUGUUCUUUGGUUGGGAGAGAUAUUCUUGUCUGCAUCCAUGCUCCAUAGAAUCUCUCCUUUUCGGAUAUCCCGGAAUGAAAGGAUUUGGCUUCUGCUAUUUUUAUUAGACUGUGGUUUUUUUUUUUUACAUCUGUUUCGUCCCCUCCCUUUCUCCCAACAGAUGCUUACUGCUUUUAUCCCUCUGAACUGUCUAAGAGCUGAGACUAAGGGGUGAUGUCAGAUCGCUUCAUGUACCAGGAACUGAGCUCUUGGAGGCUCUCCUUCAACUGCUGGUCUGACUCUCAUGGGUGGACAUCGUUCCUUUCGUUUUCUGUGGAAAAAUAAAAUUCUCAAAAAGUAAGAAAUAUUCACCUACAUAAAUGUUGAGAGAUCAUAUCUUAUGUAUAGCUGUAAUAAGACCCUAUGGAAUUACUGGACUAAAGGAAUAGUUUACUUUUUAUUCAAGAUAAAAAAAAAUGUAUUUUGAAAAUGCUGCUAAAUGUUGAUGCUGAUAGUGUUUUUCUCCUGUGAGUGACCCAAGCGUAUUAUAGACGGUGGGUAAAGGGAAGGGAGCCUGUGGGGUUGUGGGAACAGGCUGCGCCGGCCGUGCCUACACUGUGUGUGACAGCUUUACAAUGAUGAGCAAACAAAAUCUGAGUUUUUCUUCUAGUCCAAAGAUUCUAUAGGGUGGCCAUAAAGUCUAAAAAUACAGAUAGUACUGUUUUGUCAUUCAUCGUAAUAUAAUAUCAAUACAUCAUUUAUUAAGGACUUGCUUGCUUUCCAGACUUGGUGGCCACCUUGUAUAAUUAAUUCUCGCUCUCCUCUGGGAUGGGCAAUGAAAUGUAUUCCUGUUGCCUUAAAAAUAAAUACCCCUCUUCAUGCAUUGUGAUUGUCCCCAGCGAGGGUCCUUUACUGUUCCUGGGAGUGACUUCAGUGCAAUCACUGCCUUUGGAGUUUUGGGGGGAGGUAUAGGGAAAGGGAAGUGGCCUGAUCCCCGAGGCCACACUCUAUGCCUCCAUCCUUCACUCUCUUCUCCCUCCCAGCAAGAUCCACGGCCACAGCCAGUGCCAGGCCACAGCGUGUCUCGCAGUGUUUGCUCUUUCUGAGACUGCACAACACCUGGGGGCCCUCGGCUGGGUGAGACCAACAAAGGACAAACACCUUUUCCAUGGCCUUUGACAGACGAUGCUUGUUGCACGUUCAGUGGCCGAAAAUAUAUAUAUUUCUGGUUUUCUUCAA